UGAGGCAAAGCAUUCCCAUCGCUGCAAUUGGUCAAUGGGAGCUAUAAAUUGGUCUCCUCCAGAAACAGAUCAAAAUUUGUCUUUGAGACGGUCAACUGGAAACUAAAGAGGCCAUGGAGAGAAAAGGUGUUGCCCUUCCCCAGUCACCAGACCCAACGCACCACUUCCACACAGCAUUGUUGGAUCAGAGACGGAGGCUGCGGGGCCAAAUUGCUCAUCUUCACAAGGCAGCUCGUAAACUCAACCAGCUCCGCAGAAGGUCCUUGAUUGCCAACGUCAGUGGGAGCACCCUGACCGCCGCUGGAGCGGUCACAGCCAUCGUGGGGCUGUCCCUGAGCCCAGCGACACUGGGAGCCUCUCUCCUGGCAUCGGCUGUGGGUCUGGGCCUGGCCACUGCGGGGGGGGCCGUCAGCAUCACCUCCGAUCUCUCCUUAGUGCUCUGCAAUUCCCGGGAGGUGAGAAAGGUGCAGGAAAUUGCAAUGACUUGUCGGAAACAGAUGAGGGAAAUCCUCGGCUGCCUGGAGUUCCUCCGCCGUGGGCAGGGCCCGGGGGACCCCACACUGCGCCAGUCAGAGAAGAGAGCCUCCAUCUCACUGUACAACUCCGUCUGCUUUAUGGUCUUCUGCAGCAACCACAGCUUCCUUGUGCCAGAGUACACAAAGGAGGUCACAAAAGUGAGCCAGGCUGUGCUGAAGGCCAAAAUCCAGAAGCUGGCUGCCAACCUUGAGACCUGCACCAGAGCGAUGGAUGAAGUCUGUGAACUUCUUGAGUCUAGGACAGAGCUUUCUCCAUGCACGAGGAGACUCAACUUGGGUGCUAAAACCACUGCUGAGAUCCCGAGACCAUCCAGCUGAAACAGUGUUUGCCCUGUAAUUAAAACUGAGCUUGGAGACAUUACAUUAUUAAUUGUCCCUAUUAGCACCGCUACCAGUUGCUGUUGUAACAUUGGUAGUGCUAACCCACACAGAUGUGCACGUUUCUCGUGCCUUAUCUAUAUCUGAACACAAACCCCUUCUUAAUAGGAAGCUAAAGCUUCCACACACACCCUGACAACUGACAGUAGCCACCUGAUUUAUUUGGAGGUUAUGAUGAACAUGUGGAUUAUCGUGUACACAGCAGCAGAUCUCAGAGAGGUGGCUGUUCCUCAGACCUGUGUUUUCGCAUCUAUCUCCUCAGCUCUGCUUCCCCCAAGGUGGCAAAAAGCAGCAGAUCAGGAGACUGAUAAAUUUCUGCAGUUCUGGUGCUGACCAAAAUUAGUUUGCAAAUAACUUAUGAAACUUUGUGCAGUAAAAUGUCUGGGAUAUGCCUAAAGUGCCAGGAGCUGCCAAUUUCCAGUAGAGUACACAGUUGCCUGGUACCAAGGUACAUCUAGAAAGGCUGUUGAAGGAAGCAGCUCCAGAUAUGAGAGACUGUAUGGAUGGCUCAUCAUCCCAAGGUGAAACAGCAAGGCCAGAAAUUGUUAUCCCUUUUGAAGAAACCUCUCCAGGCUGAGAAAUGUGAUAUUUGUGUUCUAUUUAUUUAAACAGGAUUAUUUUGAGGUUUUGACAUUGUAUUUAAGUGUGUACAUUAUUUUAUUUUUAAAAGGAGGCCUCUGCUCCAAAGGAAAGCAGCUGUUCUUAGAGGCAAAGCAAGUCUGUGGCAUGUGAGAGCAAGUUAUCUGUUCUUUUGUUGUGAGAGAAGGCAAGUCCCUGUAGGAAAAGGAAAGCAUGACCUCAGUGGUGGUAGUUAUAAAAUAGGUGAAACAUGGUCAAUCAGGGAUGGAUCUUAGAAGCCAGAACAGAGAGAAGGACAGAUCAAUGACCUUGGGACCAGAGUCUGCCUCAGGGCCCUGGUGGAAGAAAGCAGUUGUAUCUCUUGCAGCAGGGAGGGAAGUGUAGGUUAGUGUUACUGGUCUGAGCUGGAGCCCAGCUAUGAUGGGAGGACACCUGAGAGGUGGAGUGCCACACUCAGUGCAAUUGAGCAGCCUGUGAGUCCCACAGUGGUUUGUCUGCGAGGGAGGAGGCAGCACAAAUGGAGAGCUACACAUACUCCUAGCAAUGCUUCCCAGGGAAGGCUUCAUGUUAGCAAAAUAUGUACUGGUACUAAUACAUUAGAAGGGUGCAGAGGAGUAGGAUGAUUCAGUGGCAGAGCACUUAUGGAGCAGGAGCAAGGACUGGGUCCCUGUUUCAAGUGACAGUUCUGCUAAAUAUGUCCUUUGUGAUUUUUGACCCCUCAGUGCCUCAGUUCUUUGUCUAAAGAUUGGCAAACUAGCAGUUCCCUACCUCACAAGGAGAUUUUUUUUCCCAAAAAGAAGUCAAGCACUGUGAUGAUGAGUAUCAUAUCAAUAUCUGGAAAAGGUACAAGGAAGAGACAUCAGAAACUAGCUUGAGAUAACUAGAGGAGUUGAUGCAGGGAUAAUUCCACCUCCACAAGUAUGCCCCAGUGGAUAAGAGAAAAUUCCCUGCAGAUGCAUGAAUCAAAAUGAUCAGAAAAAAACCCACUCUGUAAUUCUGUAACACUGAGCAAAUUCUCAGGAAGGGCAACACUCCAUCUCACAAAGCUUGAAUUCUCGUCCUUUUUGUUUCUUCCUCUCGUUACAUCAACAUUUGGUUUUAUACGUACAAACAAAAGCUUUGGUCCCUCAGAGUGUGACCCAGAUGCUUGUAAUGCCCAUAUCUGUUUGCCAGAAAUGAACAAGUACACUGCUGGUUCAAUUAAAUGAAUAUGAAGAAC